GGAGGAAGGGGGAAGAGGCGGGGCCACCGUGAAGAGGGCGGGGUACUCUAGAACCUCGAGGCCUGCAGUGGGAAGCAGUGAUCAUCACUUUAAACCUAUUCUCACUAGGUUACCGAUUCUGAAGGAGGAGCUUCAAGGGCUUAGGAGCCUCGUCUGCUGGGCUAGGGACCAGGACGACAAACCCAGGUGACCCAGCCUGUCUCACCUUUUGCGAAGGGCUAAGCUCGGAAUCUAAUGGUAGAAACUCCAAGUGUAUAGUAGUUUAAAGGAUUUUUGUGAAGAAGUAGAGCCCUCUGGAAGGCGACUUCCGGGCUAAUCUGAGAUAGUCAAGCUGCAGAAGCACAGAUUUGGGAUGGCUGACACCUUUAAAUACCUGACCAGGAGAGUACUCAGACAAGAACAUUUUUCCAAGGUUCUUCAGAGAAGUAAUCCUCACCAGAUCAUUGAUAGAACAUUUUUCAUUGAUUGUUCCAACCAGAGGUUGAAGACCAUCCCGUCAGAGAUUUUGGCCUUAAAAGAAUUAGAAGAAGUGCAUCUGGAGAAUAACCAGAUUGAAGAAAUUCCCCAGGACAUUCAGUAUUUACAGAAUAUUAAGGUCCUCUAUCUGAACAACAACGACCUGCAAAAUCUGUGCCAGGAGCUGGGGGCACUGAGCAGCCUAGAGUCACUGGACCUGAGCGACAACCCGCUGGUCGGCUCCUCCCUGCAGGUCAUUAGCUGUCUCCGCACCCUUCGGGAACUGCGGCUCUACCGCACCGGCCUGACAGAGAUUCCCACCAGCAUCUGCAAAUCCCUGCAUCACCUGGAGCUGUUCGGUCUGUCAGAGAACUACCUGGAGUCGCUGCCCAAGGAAAUCGUGAACCAAACCAAGCUCAGGGAGAUCUACCUGAAGCAGAAUCACUUCGAGGUUUUCCCUUGCGACCUCUGUGUCCUCUGCAACCUGGAGGUGAUCGACCUGGACGACAACAAGCUGAAGAGCAUCCCGGAAGAUAUCGGGCGCCUGAAGAGGCUGCAGAAGUUCUACGUGGCGUCUAACAACCUGAUGGUUUUACCCGAGUCUCUGGGCCAGUGCAGCAAGCUGUCGGUGCUGGAUUUGACCCAGAACUCCAUCCACUCCCUGCCAUCCACCCUGGAGCGUCUCAAGGAGGUCACAGAGGUGGGGCUGAGCGGGAACCGUCUGGAGAAGGUGCCGCGCCUCCUCUGCGGCUGGCAAUCGCUGCAUCUGUUGUACCUGCGCAACACCAGCCUGCACGGGCUGCGGCGCUCUUUCAAGCACCUGGUCGACCUGCGCUUCCUGGACCUCAGCCAGAACCACAUAGAACACUUUCCCUUGCAGAUCUGCGCGCUCAAGAACCUGGAGAUCCUGGCGCUAGAUGAUAACAAAGUGAAGCAGUUACCACCGACCAUAGCCUUGCUUUCAAAACUGAAGAUACUCGGGCUCACAGGAAAUGACUUUUCAUGCUUCCCAGAGGAAAUCUUUUCCUUAGCAUCUCUGGAGAAACUAUAUAUCGGACAAGACCAGGGAUCCAAGCUUUCCUCUUUGCCAGAAAACAUCAAGAAAUUGACGAAUCUUAAGGAGCUAUACAUAGAGAACAACAAACUGGAGCAGCUGCCAGCAUCCUUGGGGUUAAUGCUAAAUCUGGAAGUUCUCGACUGUCGGCAUAAUCUUCUUAAGCAACUCCCAGAUGCCAUUUGCAGUACUCGAAAUUUGAGAGAGCUGCUGCUGGAAGACAACUUACUCUGCUGCCUCCCGGAGAACCUUGAUCACCUGGUGAAUCUUAAAGUCCUAACACUGAUGAACAACCCUAUGGUAGACCCUCCCAUGGAAGUGUGUAUCCAAGGCAACAAGGCCAUAUGGAAACACCUGAAGGAAAACAGGAUUAGGAAAAGGAUGGCUACCAAGAUUCAGGCAUGGUGGCGUGGAAUCAUGGUCCGGAAAGGAUAUGGAUCUUAUGAGGAGCUACUAAAAGCCCGAAAAAAAGGAAAAUCCCCUCCAAAAGAUAAGAAAGGGAAAAUGGCCGCAAAGGGGAAACCUGCAAAAGGGAAUAAAAAAUAAUUAUGUCAAUGAAUGAAUGAAAAUAAGGAUGGCUAACAGAGCAGGAAGGCAACAACAUGAAAAUUACCCAUGAAAUUAAGUCUGUUUAUAAUAAUAAAAGAGUCUUAUUUUACUGAAA